AUGCGUUUCUUCACCAAGCGAAAAUCGACUAAAUGGAAAUUUACCAAGAAUCCUGGUAGAGAUAAUGGGGAUGGUGCACUCCAUUCUCCGACCACAGAGUUACAAGCAUCUAGCCCUGUUGAACCCUCCUCAAACAUGACACCUUCUGAACAGCCUUCCAAACAGGUUCAGCCAGCUUCAGUGACCUCCAAUGCUGGCCCGGUCCUGAGCCUCGCCGAAUCUUCCUCACUUGCGGUAAUUACCACACAGGCUACGAAGCAGUCUAGGCAAGUCAUGUCUGCUCCGGCGGUGAUCCCUAAUCUUACUCCGCUCUCCGACCCCACGGAAGAGUCGCCCAAGCAAGCUAUUCCUAUCUCAUCAAGUGACGACGGCGACUGUUGGGCUAGCGCAUAUAACUUGUUACAAUGUCGAGAGCCCAAACUGAUAGAAGACUACAUGAAGCACUUAAGCUCAUUGCAGCACGACAAGUCAGCAAACCCAAUUUUCUUAAGUCCGGAGUCGAUCCGGCUGAUUGUGGAGCUACUCUUGGAAGAUCGAGAGAAGAAGCAGUGGCGAUUUUCACUUCUAGGAAAAGAUGUGAAGAUACGAGAGCAAACCGAGAAAUUGGCCAAGUUUUUUCUCUGGGCAGACCCAGUCAUCAAAAACGCGGUUAGCACCCAACCAUAUGCAGCGUUAGCAUGGGCUGGAGUUUCAUUACUUCUACCACUACUCUCGAGUGGCACAACAGGCAAUAUGGAGAUGCUAAAAGGCUUCAAUAAAAUUGACGAUACUCUUAUGUACUGGCAUAUCUGCGAGAAAAAGUAUCUCCGCUCUGAGUAUAGAGAAGAGUAUCAAGACCUCAUGGAGCCUUUGGCCAAGCUCUGUUCCCAUGUGAUCGAGUACCAGGCGCGCUCAGUAUGCCAUCUUUCUAAAGCUCAACUCUCCCGUGCAUGGGAGAAUAUGACUGGUGGGGUGGAUUGGGAAUCAAUGAUGACAGAAAUUGAAAGAUUGAGCGAGGCUUGCAGUAGCUACAUACCUCCUCUUGCGGCAGAGGAAAUUCGCAAAACCAGAGAUGAUCAGCUCCAGACGAUGCGGGAGUCACGGGACAUCCUUGACGAGAUUCGGAAAACGUUGGAAGCAGACAGAAUACAGACCCAGAGGAACUACGAAGAUCAGAAAGAACGAGAUCUCCUUCAUACCCUCGCUUCUGGCUAUGAAGAUGACAAGAAUUUCAACCCAAACAGAGUCCCAGGCACAUGUGAAUGGUUCUUCGAUGACCACAGACUUCGGAAUUGGCGUGACAGCGAGAGGUCUAGUCUACUCUGGAUAUCUGCUGAUCCUGGUUGUGGGAAGUCAGUCUUAUCACGAGCUCUCAUCGAUGAAGAUAGGCUUUCUACGAAUGUCACGACAUCUAUGGUUUGCUACUUCUUUUUUAAAGACGGAGAUGAGCGUCGCAUGUCUGCCACGAAUGCUUUGUGUGCAAUACUCCAUCAACUGUUUACACACGAUUCAGCCGGCGUCCUAAUCCAGCACGCAAUCCUAAGUCACAGAGAAACCGGGAAAGAUCUAUCAACGAACUUUUCUGAGCUCUGGCGAAUUCUUAUACAAUGCGCUACAUCACCAGAGACUGGGGAAAUCGUAUGUCUUCUUGAUGCCUUAGAUGAGUGUAAGGAGUAUUGGGAGCCAUUGAUUGACAAUUUAAGAGAAUUCUAUUCUCAGUCCCGGGAUUCAUCUUCACCGUCGAAACUCAAGUUUCUGAUCACGAGUCGCCCUUAUGAUGACCUAACGGCAUCUUUCGGAAGGUUUUCUGAUGCAAGUACAUAUCUACAUUUUGACGGCGCUGAUAACUCCGUCGAUAUCAGCAACGAUAUAAAUCUGGUCAUUGAUGCCAAGGUGGCUGAAAUAGGGCGAGGUUUUCAGGAGAGUGACCGCCAAACGAUUUCUAAGAAACUCAAAAGUAUGGAGAAUCGCACAUACCUCUGGCUACAUCUCACGUUCGAUAUUAUCAAGCAAAGACGGAGUAAAUAUAGUCGCAGAUCCGAUGUGGAAGCACUUCUUUCUAGCUUACCUUCCGAAAUUGAAGACGCAUACGAAAAGAUUCUGGACCGGAGUCAGGAUGACUUUCAGGCUGCAACUCUUCUUCAGCUUGUUCUGUCUGCGGUACGACCACUGACGCUUGAUGAGGCCAAUAUAGCCUUAACGAUAGCUUUAGAGAAACAGGGAUUCAGUUCCUAUGAUGAUCUGAGGGACAACUUGUGGCCAGCCAUUGAAUUCGAAAAUACCGUGAAGAAUCUAUGUGGUCUCUUCAUCACUGUCCACAAUAGGAAGCUGUUUUUUAUACACCUGACGGCGAGGAAGUUCCUCGUUGAGCCCCCUCAAGGAAAAUGGAAAGGGCGGCUCAACAUGACACGAUCACACACGAAGAUGGCACUGCUAUGUCUGUCAACUUUGUCAUAUAUUGAUGAGCAAAGACCAAUCAGGGAAAUCAGGGCCAACUUUCCGUUGGCGCAGUACUCCGCUUCAUACCUGUUGGUCCAUACACAGUCUGCAGAAGCCGAGAAAGAUGUUUUAGACGCUGUCUCGGAGUUUUUUUUGAAACAAGGUCAAGCAUAUACAGCAUGGGGUAAACUAUUUGACCCAGAUCAGCCUACGGAGGAAGAGCCGUUUCAAGACAAAAAUAUGGCCACUCCGUUGUACUACGCAUCUCUGGCAGGUCUGCAACGAAUAGUACGAUGUUUAGUAAAUCACGCUGUUGAGGUCAACGCGCAGAGUGGCUUUUACGGCAAUGCACUCCAGGCGGCUUCAUCUGAGGGCUACAAGGAGAUCGUGCAGUUACUAUUAGAGAAUGGUGCUGAGGUCAACGCACAGGGUGGAUUUUGCCGCAAUGCACUCUAUGCGGCUUCAUCUGAGGGCUACAAGGAGAUCGUGCAGUUACUAUUAGAGAAUGGUGCUGAGGUCAACGCGCAGGGUGGCAUUUACGGCAAUGCACUCCAGGCGGCUUCAUCUGAGGGCCACAAGGAGAUUGUGCUGUUGUUAUUAGAGAAUGGUGCUGAGAUCAACGCGCAGGUUGGCUAUCUCGGCGGUGCACUCAAGGCGGCUGUAUCUCAGGGCCGCAAGGAGAUCGCGCAGUUACUAUUAGAGAAGGGUGCAGAGGUCAACGCGCAGGGUGGCGUUUACGGCAGUGCACUCCAGGUGGCUGUAUCUCAGCCUGAUUCUCAGGGCCGUAAGGAGAUCGUGCAGUUGCUAUUAGAGAAUGGUGCUGAGGUCAACGCGCAGGGUGGCUAUCACGGCAAUGCACUCCAGGCGGCCGUAUCUGAAUCUGAUUCUCAGGGCCGCAAGGAGAUCGCGCAGUUGCUAUUAGAGAAGGGGGCUGAGGUCAACGCGCAGGGCGGCUAUUACGGCAAUACACUCCAGGCGGCUAUAUCUCAGGGCCACAAGGAGAUCGUGCAGUUGCUAUUAGAGAAUGGUGCUGAGGUCAACGCGCAGGGUGGCUAUUACGGCAGUGCACUCCAGGCGGCUGUAUCUCAGUCUGAUUCUCAGGGCUACAAGGAGAUCGUACAAUUACUGUUAGAGAAUAGUGCUGAUGUCAACGCGCAGGGUGGCUAUUACGGCAAUGCACUCCAGGCGGCUGUAUCUCAGGGCCACAAGGAGAUCGUGCAGUUGCUAUUAGAGAAUGGUGCUGAGGUCAACGCGCAGGGUGGCUAUUACGGCAGUGCACUCCAGGCGGCUGUAUCUCAGUCUGAUUCUCAGGGUCACAAGGAGAUUGUGCUGUUACUAUUAGAGAAGGGUGCUGAGAUCAAGCGGUAG